AUGGAACUACAAGAUGAUUCACAUGAAACGUCGGAACCACAGCUAACUAAAGAAAAAUUAAAUGAACUCAAUCUUUAUUUCGCGGGAUAUGAAAAAUGUGAACGCUGUAGACAAUACAAGACUGAUAUCAGCUGGUGUAAUAUAUGUAAUGCUGAGCACUUCUCGAAGCUUCAGUGGGAAAGUGGCAACAGUAUAAUCGACAAAUUUAUUAGGAAUAUUCAGAAUAGAGCCGUUAAUCAUCAUAGAGUUCUGGAAUGGGUUUCAUUCGAAAAUUUCGAGAAUGUUGAAUGUAUUGCGGAAGGCGGUUACGGAGUCGUGUAUAAAGCCAAAUGGAAAGCCGGGCGCAUUCUUUAUUUUGAUAAUAAGACUCAGGAUUGGUAUAGAAGGAAGGAUAUGAAUGUUGUUCUUAAAUGUUUACAUAAUUUGAAUAAUACAACCGAGCAAACCGAGCAGUUUUUAAAGGAAAUUGAUCGUCAAAUGCAAUCACAUUAUGAGCUUGGUAAUACAGUCGAAUGCUUUGGAAUAACAAAAGAUCCUAAUACUAAGAAAUUCAUGAUUAUUAUGAAUUUUAUGGAAGAUGGCAGUCUUCGUGAUUAUAUAAGAAACAAAUUUUCAACUUUAACGUGGAACCAAAAAUUGGAAAUAUUAUAUACAGCGGCUAACGGUCUCUACAAUAUCCAUGAAGCAAAAUUAAUUCAUCAAGAUUUGCAUACUGGAAACUUCGUUCUCUCAGGUCAAUCAUCUUUUGUCACAGAUUUUGGAUUUUGUCAACCGGCUAAUUAUAAAUCACCGGAGGGAGCAAAGAAAAACGAAAUAUUUGGUGUACUGGCAUAUCUUGCACCAGAAAUUUUAUGUGGAGGAAAACACACAAUGGCAACAGACAUAUAUUCAUUCGGAAUAAUUAUGAAUGAGGUAGCGUCAGGAUGCCCACCAUUUUAUAAUAGACCACAUAAUACUGAUCUUGCGCUAAAAAUUACUCAAGGUUUUCGUCCAGAGAUCAAUAAAAAUAUAACUCCGCUAUUCGUCAUUGAUUUGAUUGAAAGAUGCUGGAGCCAAAAUCCAGAAGAUCGACCACAAGCAAAAGAGUUGCAAAAAUAUCUCUCGGAUUGGCAUUUACACUCGAAAUCAGAAAGCUUCCAUGAAAUAAAAGACCAAAUGGAAAGAAUGGAAAAAUCGCAAAACUUUGAAAAUUACUUGAAUAGUAUACCAUGCAAAAGUGCUUCGUCGAAAUUUUAUGAUUCCUAUACGAGUAGGGUAGUGAGCAUUGUGAAAUCUGUGGGAAUACCUCACAUCGAAUCUGCGUCAGACAGUGGUGUUUAUGGUCUGACGAUUCCCGAUGAGAAUGAUGAAGUAAAUAAUAACGAAGGUUAG